AUGGCACAGUUGAUGAAGGCUGACUACUGCAAGCCACUCUCAUUACCCCAGCACCACUUCCAGCAUUUGUGGAAACUGCAGGUUACGACAAACUUCGACGUCAGGGAAGAGCUGUGUAGCCCUCCAACCUCACCGCCCCCUGUCAUGGAGAGAGUUGACAUCAAGGUGGAACCAAGCAGCCCUACAGCCAUGCUGCCUCCUGUUAUGGAAAGUGUUGACAUCGAGGUGGAACCGAGCAGCCCUACAGCUAUGCUGCAUCCUGUCAUGGAGAGCGUUGACAUCAAGAUGGAACCGAGCAGCCCUACAGCUAUGUCGCGUCUUGUAAGUGCAGUGCAGUAUGGCGUCGUGCAAUCUUGUGAGAUAAAACACUUCUGUCAGGUCAUGGAGAGUGUUGACAUUGAGGUGGAACCAAGCAGCUCUAUAGCCACACUGCCUCCUGUCAUGGAGAGUGGUGCCAUCAAAGUGGAGCCAGGCAACCCCAAAACCACGCUGCCUCCAGUCAUGGAGAGCGUUGACAUCAAGAUGGAACCGAGCAGCCCUACAGCUAUGUCGCGUCUUGUCAUGGAGAGUGUUGACAUUGAGGUGGAACCAAGCAGCUCUAUAGCCACACUGCCUCCUGUCAUGGAGAGUGGUGCCAUCAAAGUGGAGCCAGGCAACCCCAAAACCACGCUGCCUCCAGUCAUGGAGAGCGUUGACAUCAAGAUGGAACCGAGCAGCCUUACAACUAUGCCGCGUCUUGUCAUGGAGAGUGUUGACAUUGAGGUGGAACCAAGCAGCUCUACAGCCACACUGCCUCCUGUCAUGGAGAGUGGCGCCAUCAAAGUGGAGCCAGGCAACCCCAAAACCACGCUGCCUCCAGUCAUGGAGAGCGUUGACAUCAAGAUGGAACCGAGCAGCCUUACAACUAUGCCGCGUCUUGUAAGUGCAGUGCAGCAUGGCGUCGUGCAAUCUUGUGAGAGAAAACACUUCUGUCAGGUCAUGGAGAGUGUUGACCUCAAAGUGGAACCAGGCAGCCCUGAAACCACGCUGCCUCCAGUCGCAGAGAGCGUUGACAUCAAGGUGGAACCGAGCAGCCCUGCAACUAUGCCUCCUCCUGAACGCCUCGGCAGGAGUGACAAAGAACUAUUUGAGUCAGCAGCCCUUUGUCCAUGCAUUGUAGUCCUAACACGACUGGCAAGCAGCGUACUAAUGUCAAGAGGUAAAGCCACUAUGGAUAGCAAUCCAGGGAUGCCUGGUGCCACUGUUGCUUCGGCGACACGGGGCAGCAAGAACACAGGCAUCAAUGACUCUCACGAAUGCCACGAGCAGAGUCCGGCUGAAGAUGUUCUCACGUGUCCUAUCUGCAAGCGCAGGUUUUCCAGAAAUCGCUGGCUGAAGGCCCACAUGUUACUCCACUCUCGAAAGAGAUGGAUUCCCUGUUCCACCUGCGGAAAGCUGGUCCGAGCGACAGUCCUCUCCAGACACCAGCGCGUCCAUCAGCCCAAGAAGUUUCCGUGCUGCCAGUGCUCGGCAAUCUUCAGGGACAAGUCGGCACUGCAGUCUCACAUGCUGGUUCAUUCCAACGAGCGGCCGUACAAGUGUGAAACGUGCGACAUGGGAUUCAAAACUACAUCGGCCUUAAAGACGCAUUGCCGCAUUCACAAAGACACGAUGUUCAAGUGUGAGCUGUGCCCAUCUGUGUUCCGCACUAAGGCGUACCUCAUAAAGCACAAAGAUCUUCAUGCAAGAGGUAUCGACAUGCAUCACUGCCACGAGUGUGGGAAAAUGUUUCGGAAUAAGAAGAACCUGCGCCAUCAUCUGCAGUGGCACACGACUGAGAUGCCCUAUGCGUGCCACCUGUGUCCAGCUAAGUUCACAAGGAAAUGCCACGUGGAAGUUCACAUACGUAGACACAAGGGUGAAAAGCCGUACAAGUGUUCCCUCUGCACAGAGGCAUUCAUGCAGUCCUCUCAACGUACAGUGCACAGGCGUCUUGUACACAGCGAUGUGAAGCUCGAGGACCCUCCAGACAUGGACAUAACCCCACAGACAAACAGCACUGAAAUCUCAAGGGAUGCAGUCAUCAUGGGUAACGAACCAGGAAUCUCUGCUGGCGCUUUAGGAGAACCGCCGAAGAAGUGUACCAGUAUUGUCAGCAGCUUUCACGAGUGUGACACGUGUAGACAGCGUUUUAGAACAAAAGAAAACUUGAAGCUGCACAAAACAUCGCACACCGGUGAGAAGCCGUACGCCUGCUCCACCUGUGGCCAGACGUUUUCCCGGAAGCGCGAUAUGCGUCGACACCAGUGCAUCCACACAAAGGAGUUGCCAUACGCAUGCGAGCUGUGCCCAUCCAAAUUCCUCAAAAAGCUGUCCUUGGAGAAACAUAUUCAGCUGCAUGCAAGUGGAGUGGAGUUCCACCAUUGUGUUGAGUGCCAUAAGUUUUUCAGGUCAGGGAAGACUCUGAAGAAGCACCAAACGUGGCACAAUAAGGAGAUGCCGUACCCCUGCCACCUGUGCCCCAAGAGGUUCACGAGAAAGAGCAGACUGGAUGAUCACAUGCUCACACAUGUACCUUCGGAUUUUGCGUGAAAAACCACAUGCCUGUCCUCUGUGCAAGAAGCGCUUCUUCUGGCCGAAUGACCUACAAAGGCACGUGCGUUCCAUGCACAGUGAGGAUAAGUCCCACGCAGCAAGCAUGGACACCAGGAAAGUGAUUAAAUUGCCAAGUAGCUUGCUAUCCACACUGCCUCCUGUAACAGAGAGUAUUGACAUCAAGGUGGAACCGAGUAGCCCUACGACCCUGCUUCCUCCUGAACAGCUUGAGUUGAAUGACACACGCCAGCAGCUCUUCAGCCAUGCAUCAUCUCCUUAACCUCCUGACGAGCAGCACUGAGACUACAAAAGAUAAUGCCACCAUGGAUACUGUCCCAUGUAUGCAGAACCCCCGGUGGAACUCUCACGGCACAGCUAGAGCUCCAACACCUACGAAUCUCACCAGUGGGAUGUGUGCGGGCGUCGUUUCAGACAUGUGGUUGGAAAAUUACACAUAUGCCCCAUCUGCAGAGAAACAUUCACUAAGAAGCACUCGCACGCAACCAUCAAGCUCAAGCGCUUUCGUUAGAAACGGUUAUCGUGUUUUACCAUGUUCCCGUCUUCCAGGUCCUUUUUUAUUAACGUAUUAUAUCUGUAUCUGUAAACUCAUUCCAAAUCUCAGUCUAUAUGUUGCGGUGCUCACUAAACUUUGUCCAAAUCUGAUAGGAGGCCCUUCCACAGUUCUUACUUUCGGGCUUUGUUCUGAAAAUGUUUCACUUUCAUGUAUGUGUUGUACUUUGUGAUAUUGUUAAUAAACAUGAACUUGAACCAGU